AUGGCGCCGUGCAAUGAUGCACAACUGCUUCCACACGUCCGGAACAGCUACUAUGCCAUUAUGGCGAUCCCGUGGGAUGCGUCCGAAGAAGAAAUCCGGAGGAAGUACCACUCGCUCAUGCGCGAAUUUCACCCUGACAAAGGUGGCCGCCGCAUCGGGGGAGCUGCAGUAGCCGAACACUUCCAUGAGGUGCAAAGUGCAUAUCGGUGUCUCUCUCAUCCCACGAGGAGGCUGCAAUAUGAUUUGAGAACCUUUGGACGAUCUUCCAUCGCUGUGGGAUCGGAAGGCGAAGAGCUUUUGAUGCGCUGCAAGGAGCAAGCGGAAAUCGAUCUUCGAAAUAUGCAGGUGCAGCUUCGCGGGAUCUUGCAGAAGGAACGGAAAGUCAAAGGGUUGAUUGUCACGCAGGCACUUUAUGGCAACUUGCAGCUGCGUGAAGAGAUCUUGCACGAAGCCUUGGUGGGGGAGAGGCCUAUACGCGGAGAAGACUUGGCAGGGCCGUGGAUAGAUGUCACCACGGCUCUGCAGUGCUUGGUGGAGGAACACAGGAUUGUUUUACAUGGCGGCAUUACUGCAUCGAAG